UCCAACAGACCUACCAAUGCAGAACGCGGAGGGAGAGAGGGGAGUCGACCGUGACAAGAAUGUGCCACUGACAGAUAUGGAUAUUGUUAACCAUGAAAAAGAACCUAUCAACAAGAUCGAUGUGCAGAUAGAAAUAAUAGCAAAUUCGCGUCAUAACAAACCAAGAAGAGCAAAUACAAAUAUUACACCACAAGAUUAUAUUUGCACAGCGGACGAUAUUUUCAUUAUUAAAUCAAUCAUGUCCUUACAUGAAAAAACGAAGUUGGUGCACAUCAAUGAUGCAUUAUUAACGAACGUUGAGAUGAGAUGCCUUACACAUGAUGAUGUGUUUUUGCAUGAUGAUGUAAUAAAUGCAUACAUAUACUGCAUAAGUGCCCAGGAGCAUCUGCAAAAUAGAGCAGAUGGAAAGGUACACAUAGCAAGCACGAUUUGUGUCUUCCCUGUUUAA